AUGCUCCGAGGGAAACCUGCCUCAUUAACAAAUCUAAAUCAUCAUGUAGUCAAUCCACAUUUACAACAUUUGCAGAAAAGUGACAGCUUAAAAUUAAAAAGGGGAAGUGGUGGAAGUAUGAGAAGGAAGAUGAGUGUGAGCACAAAAAGAAAACAAAAACGGGAUAUUGAACAAUUGGUAACUUUGGGUGAAGCUUACCUAAUUAUUCAUUUGUGCGCCGGAGAGGUUGUGUUGAGAGGAUUGACGGAAUCAGAUAUCUUUAGACCCAUACGAAUCGGUGAUGGAGCAGAUGAGGUCAGGUACCUCAUUAAUUGUUUAUUGAGAGAUAACCGUACCGAAUUCGAGGAUGAAUUAAAAUUUCAAAAUAUACAUAAUGUUAUCGCUGGUAUGCGAUGGACAAUGAAAAAUUGUACUUCCAAGAUCGUGCCCUAUGAAUGUUAUGAGGAAUUCGUCAGAUAUGAACAAGAAUGGCAAUAUGACCCGAGAAAAGGAUCAUUUAAUCAAUUCCUUUCAUAUCUUCCAAGACAGAAUAAAGGAAUACUUGUGGAAUUAUUUGAUUUAUUCGCAAUGACAAUGGAACAAUCACAUAUUAAUCAUAUGCAUCCAACACGCAUCUUAAAAUCAAUGUCACUUCAUAUUUUUAAUGAAGUAAAAACGAAAACUUACGAAAAUUUUCUAACGGCCUAUCAAGAAUGGUUAAAAUAUUCUCACGCGUUAAUUCAUUUGUUCUUAGCUUAUUUGAGAGAAAGGGCUUGUUCAACCCAAUUACCAGAGAGGUUGCAUUUAUUGCUACAAGAUUAUGUUGAAUGUAGAAAAAAAUGUUUAAUGAAUAGUAGCGUUAGCGGUGAUGGUAGAGAGAUCAUCUCGAGUGAGCAUUCUUUACCCGAUAUUACCAUUUCUGAUUUGGAUGAGGUCAUCAGAUCAAGGAGGCAGAUCUCCGAUUCUAGUAAUAAUAAUUUUCAUGAUAAUAAAUCAAAUUCUAAUUCAAUUAGUAGACAAUCAAGUUUACUUAGAAAAACUAGAACCAUUAAUACAAAUAAAUCAAAUAGAAGUUCUUUGGCGGAUAUAUUCCCAGAAUUAUUGGAUUCGCUUAGUGCGUUGAAACGUAAAGCAAGUUUUAAAUCGUCAAACAUAAUUAUAAUCGAUGAUCCAAGAACCGCAGAGUCCAAAUGGGAGGAAUUGCAAAAUAAAGGGUUAGGGAUCAUGUCCGAAGAAGUACUAAAAUUAUUCUUUGCUUAUGACGAUAGAAAUAUAAACCCGAAUACCAUUAAGGUCAAAAGAAAGAAGAGUGACGGAAAAAAGAAGCGAAACGGUAGCCAAAAAAAUGAUCGGUUUGAAGGACUUCCGCCGUUACCAAAAAUCGAAUUUGUUAGCGACCCAUUGAUGAGUUCAUCUGAUUUUAAUGAUAUGAAUAACGAUUCAAGUAGUAGUGAAUUUCAUGAUGAAAAUAGUAACGGUAGUGAACAUAAGUGGGAUGGUUUUCGUAAUCAAGGAUUCCGCGAGUCAAUAGAUAAUAGUUCAAAUAUAUUUAGUCUAUCUUCAACGCUUGGACCUUCUCAUGGUGGUUCAACAGUGUUUGAAAAUACGAGACGUGAAGAAUCUCAGGAAGUGAGGACUCAAAGACCCCCCACGCGUCGUAAAACAAUUUCUUUCCUGUGUAUAAAACGUCGUCCACCUUCAAUCUCUUCGGAUUCAUCGAAUUACAUGCAUGGUCACACAUAUGAAGAUUGGGAAGAUUGGCAAAUAAUAGAUCAAACGGUUGAUGUUGUGGAUAGUUCUCAUCUAUCAAUUGAAACGAUUGAUGCUUUAUUCCCUUACGUUUGGAUAGAGGCAAAUGUUGAAGAGCAAGAUGAACAAUGGGGUGAAUGGGUUUUUAUUGAACCUCGUCGCGGUCUAAUUCAUGAAUGUGAAUGGGUUAUGAUAGAAGAGAGGAAUCGAUACAUGACAGAAUGGGAACAAAAUUUAAAUAACACUAAUAAUCUCGCUUUAUCAACUCAUAGUUCUAAUCGAAUAAGCGCUCUAAGCAAUUUCAAUUUGCCAUGGGUGAAAAGUUCUAAAAGCAGUAGAAGUAGCGGUAAAAGGAAAUCCGAUGCUUCAAGUACUUUACACCCUCCUUCUGCCCUUCAACAGUAUAGCCGUUCAAAUAAUAGUAGUUUUUCAAAGACACGACCUAAUUUGCCACCAUCUGGUACUCCUACCGAACAAAUGGAAAAUUUUCUCAAUCAACCGGUUGAUAAAGGUCAAGAAUUUCGUGAUAUGUAUAUUCAACAACAAGAGGAGGAGGAAGAAUCUAAGCUUUAUCAAAUUCAAAAAUAUCAGCAAGAGCAACAGAAGCUUAUAUUGGAACAACAGGAAGAACGUAAAAGACGAGAACGUGAAAGACUACAAAGGCAACAACAACCACAGGAAGCUCGAAAUCAGGAUGAAGAUGAUGCAGAAAUAGCUGAUCAAUAUUAUCAAGAUGAUGUAUACGAUCAAUAUCGUGAUGACGAACAAGCAUCGGAAUAUCAACAAGAUGAGGAGGACAACAAUGAACAAACAAAAUCGGUUCUACGAUCUCAGUAUAGUCAACAGUUACAGAAGCAACGAUCUCAACAACAAAUCGAUGAAUCUUUUAUUCAAAAUCAGCCACCUCGUGACGAGCUUCAAAGUGCAGUACCACGUCCUCAAAUUCAAAAGCAGGGUUCUCAGCAAUUCCAUCCACAAAUUCAAAAGCAGGGUUCUCAGCAAUUCAAUCCACAAAUUCAAAAGCAAGCUUCUCAACAACAAAUCAAGCAACAGGUUGUACGUGAUGCGGAAGAGGAUGGUUAUUUCACAAAUCACGAAACUUAUGAUCAAGAUAAAGAAAAUUAUAAUCAAUCAGCGGCUUAUCCGCAAACAGGACGCCCAACUCAGAAGCAAGGUCAUCAAUCACCAAAACCAAGUCCGGCCACUCCAAGUUCAUUAGUACCUGGAAAGCAAAGUCCAUAUAGUGGCGUACGUGGAAGAGAAUCACCGUAUCCAAUUAACCCACAAGCUUCUAACCGUCAACCCCCGAUGCAAGGUCGCCAAUCGCCGAAUGGUGCUCGUGGCCACAAAAGCCCAAUGAUGAACAAUGUGCAUUUACCAGUACCUCGUAAUACUCGUAAACAACAAAGUCCCGUUCCAGUAAAUGCAAAUUUACCAAGGCAGAGUCCUGUAAUGAUGAACGCACCACUUCCUAAUCGUCAACCUCCGAUACAAUCACGUCAAAAUCCUCGUACUCCACCAACGCAGAAUGCGCAAUUACAGCAAUAUCCACCUCAGCAAUAUCAACAACCAUAUCCUCAACAACAGAUAGGAUAUCCACAGCAAUACCCACCUCCUCAAUACCCACCACCGCAAUAUCCACAACAGCCCCAGCAGUAUUCACAAUAUCCUCAACAAUAUCGACAACAAUAUGGGCAGCAACCACCACCUCAACCACCACCUCAAUCAUAUCCACAACAAACUCAACCAUAUCCACCACAGCCAACUCAACAGUAUCAGCAACAGUACCCUCAACAACCACAACAAUCGCAACAAAGUUAUAAUAAUGGUAUGGAAGUUGGCGGACAGCAGGUUCAACCAUUAAUGAAUACGAUAAAUACUAGCGGUGGACCCAUAAUUACUCAAACCACCACAAAUAAAAUACAAACGUCAAGGAAAAUACUGAAUAAUACAACUACUGAAAUUGAAGAAACCGUUGUACAAUACGAGAAUGUUACCGUUAGCACGACACAGUCUUCUGUAAGGAUGCAAGCACCAAUCUCUCAACAGAACCUUCAGCAACAUCAACAACAAUAUGAAAGUAAUAAAAAGGAUGAUGGUAACACUCGUAGUCCUACCGAGUCAGAAAUCAUUGAAGGCUAUACCGUUCCGCUUCCGCCUCAUCCAGCACAGGAACAAAAACAAGAAGCAUCAAAUCAAGUUGCGCCUUAUCAACCAUCUUCGCCAAAAAUGACCACAUAUAAUCCACCUGGUACCUUUGGACCAUAUCCACUUUCGUAUUCAACUCCUCCAUCCCCUAUCAUGGGAAGCUAUCCGCUUUCGUAUUCAACUCCUCCAUCUCCUAUCAUGGGAGGAAGCUAUCCAGUCUCAUAUUCUCCGACCCCUCCAUCUCCUAAAAUGAACCCUUAUAUAACUGCUCAUAGGAGAA